AUGUCGACUACUAUUAAACGUCGGAAAAAUGAGAUCCAUUGCUUGAAGAAUGAAUCCAACCAAUGGGAUUCCAAUCCUCAGAAUAUUCAGUCCAUGUUUCUCAAUCAUUUCCACAGAAUAUUUCGGUCCUCUAAUCCAAGUUUUCCAGCAAAUCUUGACAACCUCUUCUCUACAAUUAUCACAGCCCAGGAUAAUGAAUUUCUUUGUCAAAUUCCAUCAGAAGAGGAAAUUCUAAGCAUCAUCAAGCAAAUACCUUCUUCCAAGGCCCCUGGUCCAGAUGGGUUCACGGGAUUUUUCUACAAAACAUAUUGGGAAAUUGUCAAAACUGAUUUGAUUCAAGCCAUACAGAGCUUCUUCAUACAUGGCAAGUUGCUUAAAGAGAUGAAUCAUACACAUAUUGUCCUCAUUCCCAAGAAUAGCUCUCCUAACACAGUUCAUCAAUACAGACCCAUUAGCCUUUCAAAUGUAAGUUAUAAAAUCAUAGCCAAGCUUCUGGCUAAUCGUUUAAAGGGGGUCAUGCACAAGUUUAUUUCUCCAAAUCAAUCAGCUUUUCUCCCAGGAAAAAUAAUUCAAGAAAACAUCAUCCUUGCUCAAGAAGUUUUUCAUGUUAUGAGGAGAAAGCAAGGGAGAAAAGGUCUUAUGGCAAUUAAAAUAUAUAUGGAAAAAGCAUUUGAUUUUAUGGAGUGGUCUUUUAUCCUCAAUAUCUUCAAAUGUCUGGGUUUCAAUACUAUUUGGAUUCAAUGGAUCAAGGAGUGUAUUACUACAGUCUCAUACUCGAUAGUCAUCAAUGGAAGCCCCCAUGGAUUUUUUCAGCCUUCAAGAGGUCUCAGGCAGGGGGACCCUCUUUCCCCUUUUCUCUUUAUAUUAGGUUCAGAAGCUCUCUCUAGGAUGUUACUAAGACAAGAACAAACUAAAUCUAUCAAAGGCAUAAGUAUCAGCAGAAAUGGACCAUCUCUCUCGCACUUGUUAUUUACUGAUGAUUUAAUCCUCUUUGGUUCUGCCAACAGCAACACUGCAUCAGUCUUUGAAAGAACACUAACUACCUAUUGUCAGUGGUCAGGACAAAAAAUCAAUAACUCAAAGUCUUCCAUUCAGUUCAGCAACAACAGUAGACAAGCAACCAAAUCAGCUAUCAGGCAUAUCCUUCAAUUCAAGACCUCCUCUUCAAAGAUAAAAUAUCUAGGAGUACCUCUCAACUCUGGUAGCCCAAUGAAAUCACACCUUAAUGAUAUCUUGGUUAAAAUUCAAGACAAACUUGCAGGAUGGAAAUCAAAACUUCUUUCUCAAGCUGGAAGAACCACACUUAUCAGAACUGUUGCAAGUACAAUACCUUCUUAUACUAUGGCUACAACUCUGUUACCUGUUAACAUGGCAAAAAAAUUCGACCGUUCUUUGAUGCGAUUUUGGUGGGGCUUUGAUAUUCAUCAACAACAUAAAUAUACUCCAAAGGCUUGGUCUUCUAUUUGCAAGCCCAAAUCAUUAGGUGGAUUAGGAAUCAGACUCACAUCCCAAUUCAACAAAGCCCUUAUGGGUAAAUUAGUCUGGCAUCUUAUUAGUAAUGAUUCAAGUAUAUGGAAGACAGCUAUCUUGAACAAAUAUAUGUCAACAAGUGAUUGGGUGAAUGUUAAGGCCAAAUAUUCAGAUUCAAGAUUUUGGAAAUGUAUAGUCAAGCUGAAUGAUUUCAUUUUGUCAAGUGUAUCCAUUCAGAUUAACAAUGGAACUGCUACGCGUGUGUGGUCGGAUCCUUGGCUCCCUUCUCUACAUCCUCCAAUUCCUUCACCACAAAUUCCAGGUACAUAUCACUAUCCAGACCUUAGAGUUGCUGAAUUAACACUUGAAAAUCCCAGAAGAUGGAACAUGCUUCUUUUGAACACCUUAUUCUCUUCUAAAACAAUUGCUGCAAUACAAAGAAUUCGUCUUUCUCAAUAUCAAUUCCAUAAUAUCCAUGACCAGCCCAAAUGGAAACAUCAUUCUUCAGGCAAAUAUAGUGUAAAGUCUGCUUAUGCAGCUUUCAUUCUUCACACAAACACAACUGAACCUGAUAUCAUUUGGAAGAAAUUGUGGGCUGUCAAAUUGCAAGAUCGUUUGAAGCUUUUUCUAUGGAAAGUCUAUAAUGAUAUCCUUCCCACUCAACUCUCUCUUAGUCACUGUCUCCCAAUCGCUGACAAUCAAAUUUAUUGUUCACUUUGUCAUAUGGAAAAUGAAUCUCUGGAUCAUCUUUUUCUCAAUUGCAUUUACUCUAGAGUUUUGUGGAGAAAUGCUCCUUGGCCAUUAGACAUAACUUGUUUCGCACAAGCAGGCAUAAGGAAUUGGAUUAAUAUUAUUCUAAAUCCUUCAGACAAGCUACAGAUUUCUGUUUCUGAAGUGCAUAACUUUCAGCUUUUCUCUACAUUAGCUAUGGAUACUUUAUGGUUUAUCAGGAAUCAGACUAUACAUAAUGUUGCAAACCAUACAAUCCACUACUUCAUCACAAAAACGAUGGAAUUAUACAAAGAACAUGCCAAGGCUUGGGAGAUGAAAUCAACUGAAACACAUCAUAAUUGGCGUCCACCUGAAUCUGAGGAUACCUUUUCUAUCACCUUUGAUGUAGCAGUUCGAAACAAUAGUAGUACCUCACUGGCAGUAUGCAGAAAUCACCAGGGAAUCUUCCAAUUUAUUGUUGCACAAAACAAUCGGUAUGUGGAUCCAAAUCUUGGGGAAGCAACGGCUGCCUUCAUAGGUGUUCAAGAGGCAUAUACAAGACAGAUUGCAAAAAUUGUUCUACAAGGAGACUCUCUAAAUACCAUUCGAUCUAUCAAUAAUCCACAUCAGGCAAUCAAUUGGGAAACAGAAGGUGUAGCUCGUGACACUAGAUUUCUACUACAGGAUUUUCAAGAAUGGAAAGCUGUAAAAAUACAUCGAUCUCAAAAUCGAUGCGCGCAUUCCAUUGCGCAAUGGGCUCAUUCCAACUUAGAGUUUGGAAACAUCCCACUUAUUAAAGUCCCUACAUGUUUGCUGGAAUUUCCAAGUGGGAAAGACCCACCUUCUGUAAUAUAUUAG